CUUUCAGUUUGCAUUUCAAAGCCACCAAAGUAACAAGUAUCUUGCAGUUAUCCAUUCAGUUGGGCGACUAUAAAAAAACAAGGCUCCAUCAAAUUUUGUAUAAAACUAGUGAAGAGGUCUAUUCAGAAAAAAUACACACCCCCUGAAAUGGAGUCCCCGAAUAACGACCUGUACACCCUCGAGGCCAACUUGGCGAGCCAAGCGCUUCGGGAACUGACAGAUGGCGCCGACAAGGACGCCAUUACCAAGCUGCGAUUGCUGUGCUUCAGCCGCGGAGCAACAGGCAUUUUGGGACUGGGCAGGGCCUUUCGGGCAAUGGAUGAUGAUGGCAGCAAGGCGCUCAACGAGGAGGAGUUCAUCACCGGCAUUAGGGAUACGGGCUUGGAUGUCACGGAGGAGGAGAUUAAGCAGAUGUUUGAGACGUUCGAUGAGGACGGCAGUGGAUCGAUCAACAUGACCGAGUUUCUGCUGAAAUUGAGGCCUCCAAUGCCCCAGAGUCGCCUGAGUAUUAUCGAUCAGGCCUUUGACAAAAUGGAUCGCGAUGACGAUGGUGUUAUAACCAUCCAGGAUCUUAAGAAUGUAUAUUCCGUAAAGGAACAUCCCAAGUACCAGAGCGGAGAAAAAUCCGAGGACGAAAUCCUCACUGAUUUUCUGCACAAUUUCGAGGGGGGUCGUGGUAACUUAGAUGGCAAGAUAACCCGAGAGGAGUUUGUCAACUACUAUGCCACUAUUAGUGCCUCUAUCGACAACGAUAUGUACUUUGACUUGAUGAUGCGUCGUGCCUACGCCAUGUAAAUAAUGCACAAAUCUCACUAAAACACAAGCACUCCACUAAAAUCUCAAUCACUUCACAAUUCACUUGCCUAGUAUUUAGUACAGCUCAUGUCCUAUUUAUACACAACUCGGAAAAUAAAUAAAAAUUAAAUAAA